GUGUGUGUGUGUGUGUGUGUGUGUGUGUGUGUGUGUGUGUGAUAUAUCUUCUUUUCAAAAAUGAAAUUUACUUGCAAGGACGCCCCCUGGUGGAACAUUGGACUUACUGUGUUUUGAACAAACAUGCCCUGUAUAGACGUCGUAAAAAAUGUUAUUGGACACGUGACCUUUGAGCUUUACCACAGUGUUAACACGACACCCCCUCUGCCCUGGAUUUGCAUGUCAAAGCCAAUUGUUUACAUAUUGGAGAGUGUUUAACAGGUAAUAACCGGUCUGUGUGGCCUUUAAUUCAGAAUUGAGUAGCCCCCUGCCUCUGUGAUCACCCAACUGAAAGUGUGUCUUAUGUUUGUAUGCUUUUGUUAGAUGUGAAGGGCAUUCAACUAUUCUGCAUGGGAGCAUUUUUCUCUGCAAAACUAUUUUUUUUCCCGUCCCUACAACUUGUUCAGAUGUUUAUAUUGAAAUCAACUGACCCUCAAUAACAGAAGCCUGAGCAAAUUAUAUGAAGGAUAAAUGAUUUUUUUAUUCCCCUGACACACACACACUUUUUUUAAGUGUUGAAUCCCCUUGAAAACUUUGUGAUUAAAUGUUAAAUUCAAUUGAGUCUACUGGUCACUUUUUUGAUAAACAUGAACAAGCCGACAAUGCUGUCUGAUAUCGAUCUAAUAUCGGCAAAUAUGAUUGUUAUGUCUCAAAACAACUCGUGGUAUUGAUUGCUUGGUAUCGGUCUGAGAAAAAAAAAGUGGUAUUGAGCUAACCUGCAAAACUCUUGAACGCAUUUUCCCUCGCAACUUAAUGUGUCCAUCACUACCAUGGUGUAAUCAGAAUUCAAUUUAAAUGUGCUCUGCGUAGCACAAUUCGAACCGUCCAAGCAUCUUAAGCUCGUUCUCUACUUUUAUUCCACAAUGUUAUUCCGCGUACCUUGAUGGCAUGCUUGCACAUAUUUUCACACGACGAUUCCGACAAGUUCACGCUUGAUUUUACGUUGAGCUACGGGUCGCAAACGAAUGCGUCUUCCUGUUCGCCACGAGCGAACUAAGGUCAAUAGACUGAGAAGCAUCAAGGCACAAUGAGGCGAGUUUAUCCAACCAAGAAUGGUUUUCAAUAAAUGUUUAAAGAAGUGGUGGAUGUACACGGCCAAGGCUUCAGUGCGUUCUGUAUUGAAUUGGGAAAAAUUAUUUAACGGAAGUGAAGUGGUUCUUCUUCUUUCACAUUUCCGGAAGUGUAAACGCCACACUUGCCACAUGACUGCCCUCGUCAGAUAUUAUGCUUCAAUUACAACUUAAGGAGGAAGACAAAAAAAAAAAACAACAACUCCCCUCCAUGAAAUCAUGGUUGUCGGUUAAGUGUUGAAGGCACCGCAGCCUCCCCACACAGGACGUCGAUCAGUACUUUCAAAGACUACAACAUCACAUCACUGAGUCACUUUAUCCGGAUAAACUCGUUUCGUAGCGCGUUGCUGCUCAUCGGCCUUGUUUAUCUUAGCUCGCUAGCGGCUAACAAAGAGAAGCACACAAGCACCUCGUCAAGCAGAUAUCAAGUGCGGAAUUGUUGGGAUCGCCGUGCGAAAAUGUGUGCAGGGACGACACUUAAGUACAAGGAGCAACUUUGUGGAAUAAAAGAAGAGAACGAGCAACAUUUUGAAGUGCAAGGCGAUUUUUGCAAGCUGCCGCGCGUUGUGCUACGUAGAGCAGACGUCAGUGAAAAAUAUCUUCGCCCUGAGCAACCGCAGGAAGAGUCUUUUCGGAUUAAAAACGAGGCGGAGGAAAAGCCCCUUCACAUCAAAAAGGAGGAGGAGGAUAUCAGCAAGAUGGCACUGACCUUUGUCCCUUUAAAGAGUGAAGAUGAAGACAUGGGUGCGCUUCCAAACAGCAGCUCAAGUCAACACAUGACAACAGAAGACAUGAGUGAAAAAUAUCUUCGCCCUGAGCAACCACAGGCAGAGUCUUUUAGGAUUAAAAAUGAGGCGGAGGAAAAGCCCCUUCACAUCAAAAAGGAGGAGGAGGAGGAUAGCAGCAAGACGGCACUGACCUUUGUCCCUUUAAAGAGUGAAGAGGAAGACAAAGGUGAGCGUGAGGAGGCCAGAGAGGCGGAGCCUCCAAGCAGUAGCUCAAAUCAACACAUAACAACAGAAGAUUAUGGAGACCACUGUGAACCAUCGCUAGCACAUCGGGAUGACACAUCAUCACACUCUCCUGACACUGACGACGAUGAUGAUUAUGAUGAUGAUGAUGAACAGACUAAAGGCGAUGGGGCAUAUCACACUGACGACAAAUGCUGGGAAUGUUCUCGGUGUGGGAAAACAUUUCAGUCAAAGUGGUCUUUAAAAAGGCACACAAGAACACACACUGGGGAAAAACCUUUUGCCUGCUCAGCUUGUGGUAAAAACUUCUCUGAGAAGUCGAGUUUAACCAAACACACAAGAACACACAGUGGGGAAAAACCGUUUUCCUGCUCAGUUUGUCGCAAGAGCUUCUCUCACAAGUCACAUUUAACAAGCCACACAAGAAUCCACACUGGGGAAAAACCUUUUUCCUGCUCGGUGUGUGGUAAAAGCUUCCUAGAAAAGUCACAUUUAACAAUGCACACAAGAACACACACUGGAGAAAAACCUUUUGCCUGCUCAGUUUGUGGUAAAAGUUUCUCUCAAAAGUCACAGUUAACGAGCCACACAAGAACUGGUAAGAGCUUCUCUCAAAAGUCACAGUUAACAAGCCACACAAUAACACACAGUGGAGAAAAACCUUUCGCCUGCUCGGUUUGUUGCAAAAGCUUCGCUCAGAAGUCAGGUUUAGCACAACACACAAGAACCCACAGUGGAGAAAAACCUUUUUCCUGCUCCAUUGUGGUCAUAGCAUCACAGAAAAAUCAAAGUUGACGAAUCAUACGAGAACCCACACUGGAGAAAAAUGUUUUUGCUUGCUUAAUUUGAUACGAAAGCUUCUCUCAAAAGUCAAAUUCAACAAGGCACACAAGAAAAAGGGGCUUUGUAAUAAGAUGCAAAAGUGUAAACGAUUAUGACUAAAAUGUGUAGUCAAUUUUACGAUGAGCUUUUAAAGAUGCCAAGACGAUUUUUUUUCUGUGACAGAAAAACCUUUGUGUCAGAGUUAAGGGCGAGUUUGGUUUUUGAAGUCUUGACAUGAAAUCUGAUGUAAUUAUCUUAGCCUGUAACAGCGUGUGUCAACGUG